ACAAACUGUGCAUUAUACAGACGAAUCGCUGGAGGUUGGAAAUUAGAGCGAGUAUUUCGUCUAGAAUUUCUGCGCCACCGUUGAGCGAAAACUGACGGAAAGAGGCACGUCGAUCCCUUGGCUGUCACUUCGCAUCCUACUACCCUUGAAGACGAAAUUCGACGCACAUCCGAGGUUUGCAAACACAAGGAAGAAGCAGUGGGCGCCCAGUUUAUUUAUAAACACUCAAGGGACGCCUGUAAUGUUUUUACCUGCAAACCGAAACCUCUGCCAAUUGAUGUUCGCAUUGCCAGUACACUGCAGGAGAAAAGGACACGGAAUAAUAAGUUGCAACACCUCAUCGAGAAAAUAUUAAGUGAUUCACAAGACUUGUAAAUUUCCUUGCCGCGCAUUAGAGAUCUUCUACGAGAAUGAAACUUUUGGAAAGUACCAAGUUUGAGGUUGUCAAUACAGCUCUCAAUAUCGAAACUGGAGGAUCAAAAAUCAUUGGAAGAAUUGAAAGCUAUUCAUGCAAAUUAGCUGGUGGCGAGAAACAGAUGUACAAGAAGUUCAACAACACCGAGAGCGGAGCGAAGCCAAACGACCUGCAAGCCCUGUCGCCUCCGCGGUCGUCGUAUGCAGGGUCGCCCUACAGCCAAAGCUUUUCGGGCGACGAGGAGAAUCCCCUGUGCGACACAAUUUCCCGCAAGACCCUCUUCUACCUGAUUGCCACUUUAAACGCCGCGUUUCACCCUGACUACGACUUCUCAGACACAUCCAGUCAUGAAUUUAGCAAAGAACGUUCAAAUGAGUAUGUGAAGAAUGUCGUGGACAAUUAUCUGCAGAUGGCGGGUGCGCAGUACCAGAAUGUCCGCCCUGAACUUUGGGCCGCCAUUGAUGAGGAGAUCGUAUUGAACGAAAGCGAAAUCUAUAGCUACAAUCCUGACCUCGCUUCUGACCCAUUUGGUGAAGAAGGAAGCCUCUGGUCUUUUAACUACUUCUUCUACAACAAGAAGUUGAAGCGGGUUGUCUUAUUUACAUGCCGAGCAGUCAAUCCAAACUCUACCGCGUACCUGGACUCUGGAUUCUACUACUCGAGCUUCGCUGCUAUGGAGGACGAUGAGGAAUAUUAGAAAAUCGAUCGACGAUAGAGCCAGACUGAUUUCUUAGCACCCUUAGAGUUUUAAAAGCUGAACAGUUAUUUGCCAGUUUGUUGACUUCCUUCUGGCUUUGUAGCAAAAUAAUAAUUGCCGGUCGACAUUUCAAUGAGUGUGUUCUUUGAGACUGCUCCGCGUUUUAAACCCUAUAGCAACGACCUUUUACUUUUCAAGAGUAUUUUAUUUACUCUUCAAAUCAGCAAAAUAAUUAAAUUAUUGGACACUUUCCUGACUGGUAUUGUUCAGUGAAUUGAAAAGUGAGAUAAAAUAAUGUUUGUUUUGAGUUGGUCUUCUCGGACAACGGGCUGAUGAAAAACAGCCAGUUGGUCGGUUAUUUAUUUUCUAAUUUAAGUCCAAGGCGUCGACACUUGGGAAGUAAAAUCUUACUUAAAACAAAUUCUAGUUAUCCUGCGCGUGUCAACACGCAUGCAAUCUGAUUUCAUGACCAAAUUGCUAUUUUGGUGAGCGUGUUGUAGUUUCUGAGAGUUAGGUAAAUUUAAAUACUAACACUAUUCACUUUUAAUCUUCAACUUAGGUAGCACGGAAAUGAAACCUCAGUUCACGUACGCUAUUUAAUAUUUUAGCACAACUACUGAGACUGCUCUAAGAGUAACCGCAAAUUCUAUGUAUAUGCAAAGAUGGAAUGUUGUGCGUACAAGGUUUUUUCUCAACGUAGAUGUAUCAUGCAGAGUACAAACGGUUGCUUGCGUCAACAAGGUUUUAGAGUGUAACAAAUACUUGAUUCCAGACCAGAGAUUCCUUUCAAAGGAGCAGUCCUUGUUGCGAAGUAUCUUAAUUAUAUACAUAAAUAAAUAAAUGUAUCAAUAUAUAUGUAUUGUGAAGAGAGAUUUUAUUGUAAACCAUAAUUAUAUUUCAAUCUUCUUUAACGUACAAUCUGAUUGUUUGAAUAGUUUCAGCCAGAUCUCUUUUAAUUGGAUAGUUAGAAGUAAUAAAACUGCAGAUUUAUGUGUAUAGAAAUAAAUAGAUUAUAUUAUUAAUCAGCCACUAACCAAUAUUUCAAUAAUAACUCUCAAAGCAACAUGUAACAAUUUCGUUUGUCAAUUUAUUGAAACUAAUAAAGGUUUGAAAAGCAUA